CGCCCCGACCCCGCCGCGCGCCUGAGCCCCGCGCGGCGCGAGAAGACAGCGUGCGGAUCGCCCCCAAGUUAUGGAGGUGGCGACCGAGUGAGAAGGAAAAGCCACUUCGGGAACCGGGUUGCGAGAGAGCGACGGUCCGCUGGAGCUCCAGACCCUGACAGGAAGGAGAAGGCUGCAGCAAUGCCAGACUCUCCGGCUGAAGUGAAGACGCAGCCCCGGUCCACACCCCCCAGCAUGCCACCCCCACCUCCCACCGCAUCCCAGGGAGCUACACGACCACCCUCCUUCACACCCCACACACAUGGCGAGGAUGGACCUGCGACGUCUCUGCCCCAUGGCCGUUUCCACGGCUGCUUAAAGUGGUCCAUGGUCUGUCUCUUGAUGAACGGCAGCAGCCACUCACCUACAGCCAUCCAUGGUGCGCCAUCUACACCCAAUGGCUUCAGCAAUGGCCCAGCCACCUCAUCUACUGCCUCGCUGUCCACACAACACCUGCCCCCAGCAUGUGGGGCACGGCAGCUCAGCAAGCUCAAACGUUUCCUCACCACCCUGCAGCAGUUUGGCAGCGACAUCUCGCCUGAGAUUGGGGAACGUGUUCACACACUGGUGCUGGGGCUGGUGAACUCAACUCUGACGAUCGAAGAAUUUCAUUCCAAGCUCCAAGAAGCCACCAACUUCCCAUUGCGGCCAUUCGUCAUCCCCUUUCUGAAGGCCAAUCUCCCACUGCUGCAGCGGGAGCUCCUGCACUGUGCCCGCCUGGCCAAGCAGACGCCUGCCCAGUACCUGGCCCAGCAUGAACAACUCCUGCUGGACGCCAGUGCCACCUCCCCUGUCGACUCUUCCGAGCUCCUUCUGGAAGUCAAUGAGAACGGCAAGAGGAGGACACCUGACAGGACCAAAGAGAAUGGGUCAGACCGGGACCCUCUGCACCCUGACCACCUCAGUAAGCGGUCCUGCACCCUGAGCCCAGCCCAACGCUGCAGUCCCAGCAAUGGGCUGCCCCACCCUACACCACCCCCGCCCCCACACUAUCGCCUCGAGGACAUGGCCAUGGCCCACCACUUCCGGGACUCCUACCGACAUCCUGAUCCCCGAGAGCUGCGGGAGCGCCAUCGGCCCCUCGCCAUGCCUGGGUCUCGACAAGAAGAAGUGAUUGACCACAGGCUCACAGAACGUGAGUGGGCAGAAGAGUGGAAACAUCUCAACAGUCUCCUGAACUGCAUCAUGGAUAUGGUGGAGAAAACACGGCGAUCCCUCACUGUUCUGCGACGGUGCCAGGAGGCUGACCGUGAAGAACUCAACCACUGGAUCCGGUGCUACAGCGACUCCGAGGAAGGAAAGAAGGGCCCCACCCCCACCUCUGCCCGGCCCCUCAACAGCUGCAGUGGCCCUGAGGGGUCUCAGCUAGAUGCCCACCGGGACUUCAUGCCCAGGACCCUCUCUGGCUAUAUGCCUGAGGAGAUCUGGAGGAAGGCUGAAGAAGCCGUGAAUGAGGUGAAGCGCCAGGCGAUGUCAGAGCUACAGAAAGCUGUGUCUGAUGCAGAGCGCAAAGCCCAUGAACUCAUCACCACAGAGCGUGCCAAGAUGGAGCGAGCCCUGGCUGAGGCCAAGCGGCAGGCCUCAGAGGAUGCCCUGACUGUCAUCAACCAGCAAGAGGACUCCAGCGAGAGCUGCUGGAACUGCGGGCGCAAGGCCAGUGAGACUUGUAGCGGUUGUAAUGCAGCACGCUACUGCGGGUCCUUCUGUCAGCACAAGGACUGGGAGAAGCAUCAUCAUGUUUGCGGCCAGAGUCUGCAGGGCCCCGCAGCGGCAGUGGCUGACCCACUGCCUGGACAGCCUGACGCCACUGCCAGCCCCAGUGAAGCCGGCUCAGCAGGGCCCUCUCGCCCCUGCUCUCCGGGCCCACCCGGCCCCCUGGACGCCGCCGUGCCCCGCUGACCUCCAGACCUGACGCCCAGCCCAUGGACGCCAUGCCCUGCCAACCUCCUGGCCCCACCUUGGCCCACCAGAUGCCUGGAGCUGGCCAGGUGGAGUCACUGCUGCUACUGCUUCUCUCCAAAAGAAAACACAGAUCCAACGACACUGCAUCCGUGCAGCCUCAGCUACCUGACAAGGUCUUGCCAGGACCUCCUACAGCCUCUCUUCACAAGCAUCCUCAGAAACCACUUCAGAGCUGCAGACGGUGGUGCCCGCGCCUCGGAGUAUGGCCGGCGCUGCCGCUGUCUGCCCCCAUGUCUGUCUCUCUGUUCCUGUCCCUCUCUCUGUGUCUGCCUCUGUGGUUCUUGAUGUCCUGGUCUCCCUCUGUUUCCCUUACCCCGACUCUCCCUGUGUCUCUGAUCCUCUCUGUCUUUGUAAAGUCCACAUGCUUUCUCUGGAAUCAGAGAAACCUAAUCGGUGGCUUUUCUUUUCAGUGAAGAACUUUUGGAGAUUUUGUUUUGUUGGCAAACAAGCUACUUAGAAAUGGACAAAGAACUGUGGGGUUCUCCCCACUCCUUAUUAGAAAGGGAAGAAACUGUGAUUUUCUAUCGAGUUGCUGCCUCACCCAGCCAACCCCAGGGGGAUCGGCGCACACAGCAGAGAUGGUGAGAACAAUUUCGAUUUCCAACUCAAGAAGCAUUUUUUGGUUUCAGGUUUUAUUUCUUUUCUUUAAUGUCAAACUCUUUGGCUUUAAGUGAAAAAAAAAAUCCAAAAAAGUUUUUUUUUUAAGCAAAGGAAACAUACCUGUAAACUACCUUGCCAGCUAGCCAGCCAAGGAUGCCAGACACACCUCGCUCCAAAGGAAAUCCAAAAAGCAAACUCAAGAAAUCAAAAUCCAAAAUUUAUUUUUAUCACUGCCAAAGUAUUUUUUCAUGGUCUUUCCAUUCCUGGGUUUGUUUGGAUGUUGGUCUUUUAUUUUGGUUUUGAUUUUAUUGGGGGGGUGUUUGGUCACUGGGAUUUGGUGGGUUGGGCCAAGAAGAAGCCUUUUGUUCCUUUUUGACUAGUGGGCAGCAUCCUUGCUGCACAAAGGAGUCAGCGUCAAGGCCACGUGACCCUCAACACCAUAUCCAGAAGCCCCAGUCAACAUGAGCCUGAGCGUUGUGUGCCCUAGGGCCAUGUCCGUGUGUCCCUAUAUGCAAGGGAGACACCUCCAUCUGUCCUCACACCUUCUGUGACUUCUCAUAACUCAUUUUCCACUUGUGAAAAAAAAAAAGUGCUAAAGUGUUCUUCCCAGAGAGAGCACAAUUCCUAAAUGAAACUGUGACAAUCUUUUGGGUUGAUUCUUGACUGCUUUUGAAAGCAUAAGGUGACAGCGAAUCACGCUUUCUCGGUUUUUCCUCCUCUACCUCUCUGCGCUCCCAUUCCCACCCCAGCUCCAUCUCAGCCCUGCCACCCCAUCCCCGGUGUCUUGCUGUGGCUACCGUCAUUUCUUUCAAACUUUUACAGAAAAAAAAAAAAAAAGGAAAAAAAACAAACCCCACAUAAAAGCCAGCAGCCACCCUCACCUCACCUGGAAGACUCACGCCCAGCUGUGCAUAGCUCUCUGUGUUGCAUCCCCAGUGUUCGUCUCCAGCCCCGAGAGUGACGGUGAUGCUCGCCGCCCACCUGCACUCCAGCCCUUGCCCACCCUGCCCUCUGCCCGCUCGACUCCCUCAAGGACUCAAGGAGGAAAUGAAGGAAGGAGGCUCAUGCCUGUACCAAACAGAAAGACAGCAGACACAGUCCGGGUCUGCACCUAUGUGUGUGGCUGCAGUAAGCUGCAGGCCUAGCGUGCAAUAUGGGGGAACUGCUCCUGAACCCGGGGCCCCGGGGGCCCUGCCCAGAGCAAGGUGUGCAGCGUGUGUUAAUGUGAAUGUAAAUAGUCUCCACAGAGGUCCCAACCACGGCGUCAGUACCGAGGAGAUGUUUGCCAAAUAAAAAGAAAUUAAGACAACCCACAGAAGUAUGUGAAAUUUAGGGAACAUUUUGGAAGGAAUCUGAGCUGUGGUCCUAUGGGCUUGUUUGGUGGCUGGUAUUUCUUCACAACUGUAAAAUUCAUUCUGUAAGAGAACAUUAUAUGGAAGGAUCCUGUUAGGCACUAUCAACCUGGUGCUACCCCGAAUGGAGCCUGACAGCAACCCUCGCUCUGAAGGCCAAGGUAGAGCUCAUCCUCUGCAAGGUUCCUGAGGCCACAGCCCUCCAAGCCCACAGAGAUGUAUUUUUGUGGGUUUCAGAGAAGCCAGGACACAUGGCGGCCUCCUGCCCUUCCUUCUGGUGGACCAGUUGCCCUGAGCGUCUGCCUGUGAACACUGAGUCUGUGUGCUGGUAGAGACCUGCCUCCUGUGACAGGAAGCAUCACUGGAUUCCAUUCCCAGAUGCACCUCUCGCCGUGCUUCUUGUCUGUUAUCCCGUGGCAUGCAGCAUCCUUGGCCCUUCCGGGAGGGCAGGCCAGUGGCUAUUCAUAGGAAAAAGCUCUGGGGUGGGGGGCAGGAGGUGGUGAGCACCAUGUCUGUGGGAUGAAAAUAAAGCUAGGCCCUCGGGUUGUGCUUAAGAGCUGUAGUCUCUGGAGGUCUGGGCCAGGAGUCCUGAGGUGGCUUCCCUGAUGCCCACGUCCCUGGUGUCAGGACUUGAGAGUGCCUGCUCCUAUGUGGUCCAGCCAUCCUGACGGAGGUCACGGAGGGUCCCUUACCGGAAGACCCGCCAGUUUGCUUUAGCUUCACUUCCCUCCUGCCCUACCCACACCACCCUUAUCGACCUUUUAAGAACACGGAGGCCCGCCAGGGACAACAAAAUGCUGCCCAGCCCAGUUGGCCUCCGUGAACCAGCUUACAUAUUUCGGGUUCAGCAGAGCCCCUGGCUGUUGGGGUAGCCCAAGACAACUGUCAGAUGCCAUUCAACCACAGUGAGUUGCUUGUGCAUGAGAUCUGGCCAGCAACUACAGACACCCAGGCUGAGAGGAAGAGCUCAGCAGUCAAGGCAACUGCAGAAUCAGGGUGGGGGUGGGGAGGGCUGAGUGAGGGAACUGGGCCUGGAGACAGCAGGAGGGAACCCAGGCACAUUGCCCAGUUCUAGCCGGAUGUCAGCAGUGUCGUCUGAGGCAAGGAGGAGAGGCUGGGGGGUCCUAAACCAGGUGCUAAGGCCCUGGACAAGCUGUGGGUGCUGUGCUCAAACUUCAGCCACCAAAAGACGUCACAGCAGAACCAAACAACCUCAAAGCUUUGGAAAGAACAGGGUGCAUGGGUGUUCUUUGUUGGGAGGUAUACCCUGGGUGGCCAUAACCACGGCAUGCCCUUGGUUUCAACCUAAAGUCUGCCUGGGGCUCUACACAGAGCUGGAGGAGGGCGAUACCCCAUCCCUGACUCCUGCUGAGAGCUCCUGCUACCUUCUCCAGCUCGGAAACCAUGGACCCAAGAACAGCUGCCAGGACCUGCCUCCUGGUAACCACAGACAAACACGAACCCAACCCCUAGGGGAUGUGGCUCUCACAGAGCCUUGCUCCCCAAAACCCCAAAUCAAAAUGCAACUUUACUUCCUGUUCUGAGGCCAAAGCUAAACCAGGAAGGCUUAGUGGGGAGGGCAGCUGGCAGGCAGAACUCUCCGACCCCCAAGGCCUAUCCCAGAUCCUGUCUCAUGACCUUAGGACUUCUUGUCAUGUGUCCUUCCGCCUCUCCCACCCCUCCUCAUCUCCUUGCCCAACCCUGCCCCAAACUCGGACUGGCCUUUCUCCAGUCUGCUGCCUACGGGCUGCCUCAAGAGUCUUUCCAGCUCCAUCCGCAGACCUGCGCAGGAAUGGAGGCCAAUGGCUGUCGUUCCACACGUGGUCACAGGUGUAUAGGAGCAGGCUGGAUAUACCACAGCUUAGGUCCUACUGCCCGAUGGGUGCCAAGGUGAGAAGAGCUAGCCCCCAGAAGGAUUCAGUCAACAGGGACAUCUGUCAGAAGACCUCAGGUCAUUGAUGGUAGAGAGGGACAGAAUAGGAUGCAGGGCCAUGGGCAGUGCUAUCUUGAGGCCACAGUGGACAGGAAUCAGGAUGGGCCCCAAAGUUCUCUUUUAGUUUCUCCAAAUAAAAUCAUUAGGCUAACACCAAAGUAUCAUCUCUGGCAUCCUUCUGUCCAUUACUCUGCUCCUCAGCCUAACCACACUGAUAGAUUGAUACUUUCCUGAGUUCACCCUUCUGACUUACCCAGAUAUCUUUCCAUGAACCCAUACACCUCUACCCAUUCAUCUUCCUCCACCUAACUACCUUCCAUCUAACUACCCCCAUUAUCCACCUUGACCCACCUGCCUCUCCAUCUGUCAUCCUUCCACCUGCUCAUCCAUCUGUCCACCUGUCCAACCCUACCUGUCCAUGCCAUCCAAACUCUUCACCCUACCAUUCCAGCUUACCAUCCUUGUGUCUGUAUAUCUUCCAGUCGUACCCACACAACCAUCCCUAGAUCCAUCUUUCUUAUACUGUCUACCCACUGUACUCAGAGUAGUAUCAGCUCCCUCAGUGAACCAAAGACACAAGGUCCUCCUAUGCCCUCCAUUCUGCUUGCCCUGAACUGGCCAGGGAUGCCCUAAGAAUACCUAUCCAUGAGUCAACAGCCCUUCAGUGCUCUGUCCCACCAUGGCCUGCUUUAGACGCCUCCAGAAAUAUGAGUUCCAACUGCAGGCAUUGUGGACAGAUUGGACAAGGUCUUACAGCAGCUGUGACACAUCUGGAUCUACUUGGGGAGAGAAGGGGCCAAGAAUGUGAGCUGGGAGAAGGUCUACACACCUGCUUGGGAGCUCUGGAACGCUGUGAGGCAACCACAUUCCCUGAAAGUAGGGGCAGUCCUUGAUACCAGGAGUCUGCCCGGAAGAGGGAUCUCUGAAGAGAGCAAGCCAAUGCUUGCCUCCCUUGAAACAGUGGCACUCCUAGGGUCCUGUUCAAGACACUUGGGUACCAUUCCCGUCUUCUCAGUUAGGAUCCCAAGUAACUCAGAGUUGAACCUGUCCAGUCUGCCCUACUGAAUGCACUGAUGGUGUGUGUGUUGG